CGCACUGCCGGCACUCAGUCGAGCUCGAGCCACGCACGGAGCGAGCGCGCGCUGCCACUCCGCGCCACCGCGACUGCCUCACAUGUUCGCUCGCUUCCUUCCACCCCGACUCGCGCCACACUUACCUACCCCCCACAUCACCUCGGCGACCGCUCGCUAGGUACGUACCCACCAAAAAACUCGACCACCAAAAUUUUUGGCCUUUUAUAUAAAAAGUUUAUCGACCCUAAAGCUGCCGCCAUAACAACCCUUAUUCACUCCACUCAGCCAGUCGCUCCCUCUAAUUAUUGACUCCCCUAAAGUUUGUUGAAAAAUUCGGUCUCGCGAUUCGGCCCUUUUAUUGCUUUAAUAUUUUUAUAACUUUGCUCCGAUAUCGUCUCUAUUUCGAAACGAAAGGCCAUUUCUAGCAAUAGAUGUUUCGACAUAAUUAACUCUUCACUUCCUUCUCCGGUCAUUUCCUAGAUUGAUUAAUUAGCCUAUAGUGGCGACAAUUAAUUUUUUCCUUGGUUUCGACAACCGGAAAGCUGUGAGAUCGUCGAGGCUGUUGCGGGCGUACAUCUAAGUUGGCAAACGGUUUGCGUCACCGUUAUCUCUAUUCAGGUCAAUUAAAACGCGCUGAACCAUGACUCUGCGUUGACAUUGGCGCGUAGUUUCCCCGGUGUGAGUGAAUGUGAAACUGGUGGUGGUCCUGUGUACUGGAGUGGACCAGCCUGGAGCUGCUGGUGCAUGCGGCGUGAACGUCACCGCAGCGGAUGUGCACGCCGCUGCCGCCCUGGUGGUUGCUGCCCCCUGGAAUGCCAGCUGCUCUUGACCUAACUAGGUACAAGAGCGGGGUGCGCUCAGUGAGGAGCGCGGGCGGCGGCGGCGCGGAGGAGGCGCGACGCGGCGGCCUCAAGGCGCUGCCGAAGCGCGCCCGAACUCGCUGCAGGGGCAUGAACAUGGGUCAAAAGUUGUCCGGCGGAGUGAAGUCUGUGUCGCGGGAGUGCACGGCGCCGUUCAAGGCGGUGGUGGCGCGCGAGCUGGCGCCGGAGCCGCCCCGCCCCGCGCGGCUCGACGCGCUGCUCGACGCGCCGCCCGCGCACCCCGACACGCAGCUCAAGCACGCCUGGAACCCUGAUGACAGAUCAUUAAACAUAUUCGUGAAAGAAGAGGACGCUUUAACCUUCCACCGGCACCCGGUGGCGCAAAGCACGGACUGUAUCCGCGGCCGCGUUGGGUACUCGCGAGGGCUCCACUGCUGGGAGGUGGUGUGGCCGGCGCGGCAACGGGGAACACACGCGGUGGUGGGCGUCGCCACUGCGCACGCGCCGCUGCAUUCUGUUGGCUACCAGAGCCUCGUCGGCGCCACGGAUCAGAGCUGGGGAUGGGAUCUUGGCAGAAAUAAGGUGUACCACAACGCGAAAGGCACAGGCGGAAGCGGCACAACGUACCCGGCGCUACUCCGGCCGGACGAGCAGUUCCUCGUCCCGGAUCGGUUGUUGGUAGUCCUGGACAUGGACGAAGGCACGCUGGCCUUCUGCGCCGACGGCCGCUACCUGGGCGUGGCGGCGCGCGGCCUCCGCGGCAAGACCCUGUAUCCCAUCGUGUCUGCCGUCUGGGGACACGCCGAGAUUACUAUGAAGUAUAUUGGCGGGCUUGAUCCGGAGCCCCUCCCCCUGAUGGAGCUGUGCCGGCGCGUGAUCCGGCAGCGCGUGGGGCGGCCGCGGCUGCGCGCGGCGGCGUCGCGGCUGGCGCUGCCGCCCGCGCUCACGGCCUACCUGCUGUACCGCGCGCCCUAGCCACUGCCGCCGCCGCCGCCGCCCCCGCCCCCGCCCCCGCGGCACAAGCGAUAACACGCCCCACAACAAUCGAGUCGCUCUCCAAACUUGUCGAGAUUCUCCAGUGGUCGCCCCCAUCUUUUUUUUUGACGUGACGUGGAUUUGUCUCGGUUGGCAGUCACUAUAAAAAUUGGCCGCGGUAAAAGAUGGAUAUAAAAUGACGCACAACCGCCGCAUUUUUUGCCAUUUCCAACUACUGUGUGAAGUAGUCUGAAGCAUAGCCUUACUUUAUAUUUCCUUUUGACAAUGUUUCUCCAGAAUGUUAAAUAUUUCAACAUUUGGCCUAACAAAACUAAGAUAUUAAAAUGCAUGUAUUUUAUGGACGUAUUGGUGCUAAUUCCUGUAAAUACCAUCUAAUUUUAUUUUAAGUUAUAUCUGUCCUUUUCUUAUCCGCCGAAAAGGAAAGGGACGGGUAAUCGACAAGCAUAAAAUUAAUGGAACACACGUCAAUUUUAAGCACAAAUCUAAACCAACCGUCUAAAAAUUUUACAUCCGUCAAUAACCCGUCACAGUUAAGUAGACAGCACGUCAAACGGAUUGCAUACCAGCGAGGUACCUUUUGAUUCGCCCGGGUUAUUCAUUCAUUUACUCAUUCUUCCUAAAAUUAAGAGCUGUGAAUCAUCCGUCCCUUCCCUUUUCGACGGAUAUGAAAAUGACGGAUAUAACUUAAAAUAAAAUUAGGCGGUGUCUGCAGGAAUCGGGGCCAUUGUCCUAUGACUCUUGAUAUUUUUAACAGAAAUUCUGGCGAAGCAACGUCAUAUCUCAAAUGAUCUGUAUAAAUACGUGUCUCCUAAACUUGUCGACGUGGAAUCUGCUAAUUAUAAACAACUUUAUGCCAGUACUGUAAAGGUGUAAAUGACGUACACAUCGGCCAAAAUACGUCAUUUACAUCUAUGACAUAAAAAAACACGUUUCUGAUCAGCGAAGCCACGUUAAUGAGCCAGGGGGUACUUUAUAGACAUAAAAUAGCGACUCGAAUUCGUUAGGCAAUACUUAUCAGUGUAGAUACGACUCGCUCGCCCCUGUCCGCGGUGCGAUCCGUCAUUCGGACGCCAUCUAACGUCAGCGUGAGGAACUUUUUACAUUAUAUUGCGAUGGCCGCCGCGGCGUCGGUAAUUUUAAGUUAGUGACGAUAUCACGACGAGUGACGUCCGUGUGACGCGAAACGCCACCAUUGAAUCUCCAACAGUAUAUUCAUAGUUUCCCAAUAUGUACAGGAUAUUCCGUUAGUUGAAUAGUGACGACAAACCGCUUGUAAAUCGAACAUAAGUAUAAGCGUGGGUCGAUCAUUCCAUCUAAGUGAUGGAUGUCGAUAUAUAAAUCCGUCCUGACUAUUUACUUUAUAUGGGACUUAAUAUUCAAGAAAUGCUCGUUAUACGACGCUCAUUUCGUCAUAAAGACGGGCAUCGAUCGUUCGAUUUACAAGCGAUACGUUUGAAAAGACAGCACUAACUAGUAAAUACAUAUAUACGCAAUAAUUCCAGCAUCAAUAUGUUCUUAUGUUCAUAGUAUCUGUGAUAAAUAUCUUACAAAGUCAUCCAAUAUAAUCAUAAACCGACAAUUGCAUUUUUAUUGCAUUGACUAAGCAAUAAUAUAGAAAUAUUAGACUUGGGAUUAGCAACCCACUCCGAUGGUGAAUACGAAACCGGUGGGCGAGUAAGGUACUAUUCCGUUACCGAUAAAACCACAUUAUGGACGAUUUAUAUACGAUACUAUUUAUAAGUUAGAUGUGGCAGUAAAUAAUUGCCAGUUUACGUUAACAUUGAUCAACUCUAAUGCAAGCCGCACGUGUUUUUAAAGCCAUAUUGAUCUCUUAUAAAUACGGUCGCUGCUCCGACUAUAGCGCGUUGCAGCAGGGAUUCGUAUUGUACUUGUUAAGAAAUAUAUUAGAAUGAAGAACAGCAGUUAUAAACUCACGAGCCUCGGCAAUUACUAAUAACUAUAAUUAGAGAUGUCAUUGUUCUUAUUACAAUAGCAUACGAGCCGCGCCCGGUGCGGGCCGGCCACACUAGGCCAGUGUAUCGUUGGCAAUCUUACAUACUAUUUUAUAGCUCAUUAAGCGACUGGUUUAUUUUUUUAGUUUAGUAUCUUUAAUUCCUAUUGUAAAAACGUGUGAGUGUGUAAUGUAUAUAACUGUGACUAUACGCAUUGUAUCCACAGGAGGAAACGUCACGCGGAGUUUAUUUUAGCUGUACAUUUCUAAAGUCUACUUUGUUUUGCGAAAAUACCUAGUACUACUGCAUGUAUCAAUUCGUUAAUACGAAUCUAUGUCUCCUCGUUAAGUCUUCUUUUGCGAUUUUCUAGAUUAAUAUACACAACAGACACAAAUUGUGGACUUGAAAAUAUUGUAGUAUUUUCAAAGCACUGUAUUAUUAAAAUUUGUCAGCCAUUUUUUGACCCAAAUUAGUUGUAUCGUAACCUUAUAAAGAUGUGUAAGUACUUCCAUUUUAAUAAGAUUUUUUCAUAUGUAGAUUGUACGGCGUGUAGACUUCCCAUGUGGUCCCACUUUUUAUACGGUGUUGAUAUUCACAUUUUAUCUCGUGACUCUUAUAAAUAUUUGUAAAUUUCAUCAUGAAUUUGAAUAGCAUAGUUUCAGUUGUGUGCGCAAGACGUUGAUAAUUUUGUAUCGGUUAAUUAGUUGGAUGAGUUUCAUGUGAAUAUUGACUUAUUGCGAGAAUGUCUAUGAUAAACUGCCAAAUGCGAAGUUUGCGAGUGUGCGCGCGUGUGAGAUGACGCCUGAGAGGUGAGCGAGCCCGCGAGUGUGUGAUGUGCGUUAGAGGGAUAUUUUCGUUGUGUAAGAGAUAUAAUCAUGAUAAUAUAAAAUACACCAAGCUCGAUGUACUGUUGACGCCGUCCUUUGCACUAAACCCCUCUGAAGGACCAACACUUCUAGUUUCCGAACACCCGUAUCUUCAUUUAUUUAGUCCAAGCACUCGACUGUCUCCACGUCUAUGUAUCCUAACGACCAGGGGUUUACUGUAAAGGAUUAAGAGUAAUUAGCAAAAAUAACCACUUGAAUUCUUAAACCGUCAAACUUAGUCCUGUAUAUAUAAAAAUUAUCAUUUUGCGGUGUUUAAUGACUUUAUUAUUAUAAGUGGAAAUGCAUUUUAGUUUUAUAAGUUGUAGGCAAUAUUUUUAAAGGUCAUUUCUAACGGAUAACUGCGUUUGACAGUCGAAUCUCUUAGAUACAAUGAUUAAAAAAAAAUAGGAAAACGAUUGGAAUAAAUAUAACUGGUUAAGAAAAUAAUAAAUAAUAUGAAUUAAA